CACACACAGACACACACGCACAGAUACAACACACAGAGACACACACACAGAGACACGCACACACAGAGACGCGCACACGGAAGUGAGUUCUCUUCCCGUGCUGCCGAGAGGCGAUGGACGAGUCGGAGGCGAUGGAGGGGGUCGACGAAGCGGGCGCGCAGACGGUGGACGCGCACAUGGUGGACAAGAACAGGCGGGAGUGGCUGAAGCUCUACGAGGAGCUCAUCACGAGCAUCAUACGGGGCCCGUAUCUGGUCACUAAGUACAGCCUCAUGAAGCGAGAACAUUGCGAAGAAGUAUGUGCGAUGGACACCAGCAAAGGGGCAACGUGUGGAGCUCAACUCUUCCUGUCCAGAGUACUGGAGUUUGGCAAGGAAGGGUGGUUUGUGGAGCUCAUCAGUGCUCUCAGACAAGCAGGAUAUAACACCUUGGCAGACUGCAUAGACGAACAAAACUUUUUCAAACUGAAUGAUCUAGAGAACCAAAGAAACAUCAUCAGACUGCAUAGAACCACCAUGGAGAGUCAGCUGCUUCCACGUGAUGUCGUAAUGCAUUUGGAGUUCCUGAGGGAGCUAGACAGGCAAGAAAUCAUACAGGAAACCGUUAGUUAUGGGGACAUCCGUGGCACAACAAAACUUAUUGAUCACGUGCUGCGAUCUGACGAGCAAGAUUUGUUGAAACAGUUCAAGUCAGCCAUCAUCAAAGCUGGCACUGGAGAGAUAGCCGAUCUUCUUGAAGGGAAAGAACUCUAUCAUGAUGAAGAUGUUCAAAAUGAAUCUUUACAGUACACGGUGGACUUUGAGAAGCAAGAUUGUGGAGCUGUAGACCAUUGUAAUGAAUCAUCCCAAAAGAACGUUGAUGACCAAGAAUGUGCACUCGCACAACCAGCGGAACAGGGGACGUCAAUUGAUGAGCCGAAGUCUGUGAAGUGUGGAAACGUAUCGCUACGACAGUACCAGGCUGAACUCGCGGAGUCUGCUCUUAAGGGAGAAAACUCCAUCAUUGUUGCCCCUACAGACAGUGGCAAGACGUUUGUGGCUUUAGCGAUCUGUGACGAGCACCUGAGGCAACGCUCCGGAAAAGGCCCGAAGGUGAUCUUUCUGGCACCCACACUGCCUGUGUUCCAACAACAAUACGAACGCUUCCGCAAGCACUAUCAGGACGAGAGCAACAGGGUGUCCGUGGGCCGCGUGGCUGGAGGAGCCGAAACCCCCGAGCCCCUAGAUCUGCAGCUGAAGAACAAUGACGUUCUGAUCAUGACACCGCAGACCCUGCUCAAUGGGCUCGAGAAAAAUAAUGUUUGCGCCAUCGUGGAUUUCAGCCUCAUCAUCUUCGACGAGUGCCACCAUACCUGUAAAAACCACCCCUACAACGUCAUCAUGCAGCAUUACCUCGGCGUCAAACAUGGACCCAGUGCUCCACCACUGCCACAGAUCGUGGGCCUUACAGCCUCUGUCGGAGUUGGAGAAAAUAAGAGCUUGCAAGGGGCAAUUGAUCAUGUCUUAAUGCUGUGUGCCAACAUGGAUUCCUGUGUCAUAUCCACCGUUCAGAGGAACCUCUCAGAGCUUGCUCAGUUUGUGCCCAUAGCACAGCACAAUAUCCUACAGGUUGGGAGACGUCGUGCUGACCCAUUUGCAGACAUCAUCAAAGAUAUUAUGGCCAAAGUGGAAGACCUCUUACUUUCCCUGAACUUACCAGAUUCGGUGCCCGAGUUGAAGAAAGAAAAGGAACGUGGCACGCAGCAGUAUGAGCAGUGGGUGAUAAAAGUGCAGAGGGAGGGGAGCAUGAUCUCCAUUCCGGACAAGGAGCUUGAGCAGAAAUUGUGUUGGUCCAUCUUCUCGUGCACAAGCCACCUCCGGAAGUACAAUGAUGCUUUGUUUAUUAAUGAAGAUACAAGAGCUAAGGACGCAAUGAACUAUCUUGAGAAAUUCUUUGCAUCGCUGGAUCCCGAAGGUUUCAUUGACAUCGAUGAAACACUGGCCAACUUUUUUAAAGAAAAGCUUCACGAUCUGCAGUCAUGUCUGAACAAUCCUGAAAAUGAAAAUCCGAAGCUCCUCAAACUGGAGGAAAUACUGCGGGACGAAUACCAGAUGAAUGCUGCAACCAAAUCCAUCCUCUUUGUGAAGACACGUGCCAUCUCCGAGGCAAUGGAGAGUUGGAUCAAUGAAAUUAAAACGGAGUUGCCUCAUCUCAAGCCCUCCAAGCUCAUUGGACGGGCUAAAAGCAAACACCAUGAAGGGAUGACUCUAAAUCAGCAGUCGGGGGCUGUGGACGAAUUCCGAGAGGAGCAGGGAAGCAAUCUGCUCAUCGCGACGAGCGUGGCAGACGAGGGCCUUGACAUCCAGCGCUGCAACCUGGUGCUGCUAUACGACUACGUGGGCAACGUCAUCAAGAGCGUGCAGACUCGCGGACGAGGCCGUGCAGAAAACAGCAAGUGUAUGCUGAUCACCACCUUGAAGGGCGGCUUGGCAGAGAAAGAGAAAGUGAACCUUCUGAUGGAGAAGGUCAUGUACACCGCUAUCGAGAAUGUACAGAAGCUCGACCCUGUCACCAGGGCUAAAAAGAUGGAAGGCUUGCAAAAGGCCACCCUGAGUUCUGCCGAAUUUCAGCGCAUGCUGCAGAGAUUUAAAAAGACAGAGGAAGAUAUCUACUUUCUGCAUUGCAUCAAGUGCAAAGAACUAGUCUGCAAAUCAAGCGACAUCCGCUUAGUUGAGAAUACACACUACACUGUGAUUUCUUCUGCCUUCAUGGAGCUGGUAGACCACAAGCCCCACCAAAAACCUAUGUCUUUUGAUGGAAUCAGUAAGAUUGGAAAAAUUCACCAUAAGACAUGCACUAAAGAUUGGGGGAUAACGGCCAUCUACAAGAGCUUGAAGUUGCCCAUCAUCAAGAUCCAGAGCUUCAUUUUCAAGAAGGAGAACAGCAAUGUUCAUAUCGUCCUCAACAAGUGGAAAGAUUUUCCAGGAAUAAUUGCAGUGUUCUCUUUUGAGGAAAUUGGACAGAUCGGGGAAAAUGUCCUUUCGGCUGAGUAACUUGUCAUAGGAUGCUUAUUUUAUUGCUGCACGAAUAGGGAGUGGAAACUGUUCAAUUGUGCUUCGUUAUACCCUUACAGUGACUUUACGGUGUACCGCAAAAGGUAUAAUAUGUUGUUUGGAUUUUUGUGUGAGCUUACGAAUGUUAAAAAUAGGGUUUUAAUUAUUGCAUGACGUACACAUUUUAGGGUUUUAAUACUUAAACGUAAGUUAUGUAUGUUAAUACAUAUAUGGAGGUGUCUGAUAUUGUGAAUAAACAAUGCGUAAAUCCACACAUAACCCUCCCAGCAAACAUGGAACAUUGGGCCCAGCGUCAGUCCAACGAUUCUCACCAUAUGCCACCGUUACUGGGUUAUAGUGAAUUACUAUGUAAGCAAUGCAGUCAUUUAAUGAAACAAACUUCAUUUAAUAUAGCACACUUCAUAAUAUAUUUGUCAGAGAACUUCAGAAGUCAACAAAAUACGUAAAAUAAAUGCAAUUGACAACAAAUAAAAGUAUACACCAUGUUUCAAAAUUGUGUAUGUGAAAGAUUGUAAAAUAAAUCUUUAGCCUGAUUUAAAAAACCGCAUAAGCUUAUCAGAUGGUUUUCAUAGUGCACUCCAUAUGAACAAAACGUCGACAAGCACGCUGCACCAUCGACACAUUACUCGCAAAACUGUACCCACAAACCUUGGCUAUGAACAUAUAAACCCGGACUAUGAACCCACAACCCUAAACCAACAAACCAAUAAACGCAGAUUCCGAACCCACAAAUCCGGACGAGGAACACACAAACCAAGACUCGGCACCAAUAAACCCGGUUUAUGAAUUCACCCAGAAUUUAGCAAACCCUUCCCUCUCGCAGAUUUAGCUAUCGCGUGGUUUUGCACCAAAUAUAUUGAGGCACAGUUCACUAUUCGUGCACUUUGGGUUGACCGUGAGAUUCCUGUACACGGUUGUAACUGCACUGUCCGCGACGGUGCUGCCGCGGAAGAACACACACGCGGCACCAUCUCGUCUCCAUCUCGUCUCCCAAGUGGCCCAUCGCGGGUCCCAGGCCAUGAGGUGUUCCCAGCCUCCAGUGGGGGAUGCUGUGAGGUUCAGCCGUGUGAUUUUUUUUUCCCUGUAGUAGACUAUUGUACGCCACAUUUACCAUUCAAGUUACGUUUAACACUCGAGAAUAUUAAUCAUAUUUUACAUUCACAGUACUUCCUGUUGAAUCUGUUGGGCUGAUGUAGGGUAACGUAAAAUAAAUGUAGGAGUGGGUGUUGUAUUACGAACCGUGAAGCAAACCAUUCUUUUCACAUUUUUUGCCUUUGAGUUUGCGGAUCGGGGAUUUGCCGAUAGCAGCGAUUUGCAAGAACAUAUCUCCCACGAUGGGCAAGGCUCUGCUGUACCUUCCAACAAAUGUAUUAGAAUAUUAUAUCUCCAAUCUCAAUGCUUUCUGAGGGCUUGGAUCAUUAGUUUGCACAAGUUUGCACAAGUUUGCACAAGCUCGGAUCCAUUAUAGCGAAUUACAUUUAUGACACAGGAUGAUCGUCAAACACAAGUCGAUUUCAGAACCAAACUGAAAGAAAUAAAGUUUGUCAAAUUAUAAUAGGGGGUAUUGUAAUGUACUUAAAAAAAAAGUGUAUACCGUUAAUAAAGUGAUGCAGAACGGA